AUGUCUUCCACUGCGCAAAACCUUCCGCACGAUAUUCUGCGAGAGCUCUUCGAACAUCUCGCGGCCGUCGACCCGCCGGAUUUCAAAGAUGAGAUGGACAUGUUCUCUCUGGGAUGGAUCCUUGCCACGCACGUCUGUGGACGCUGGCGCGAAGUCGGCCUCAGUGUAGCAACUCUGUGGGCUGACGUCGUUUGUACGUUUCCAAGCGUGCCCAUCGCGGAAGAAUUGGUCACACGCGCGCGGGGUUGUCUGCUGGACAUCGCGGUCGGUCACUUUCCCCCCGAUCUAAAACCCGGCUUUCCUGCUCCACAUCUACCCAUCAGCUGGGGUCUACAAUAUUUGCAGAGAGCACAUACCUUUCGAUGCGACGUCGAGCGAUGGUCGACGUUCAGCGACGACCACCCUACGGCGCGUGCCGCCCUGAUCAGCACACUUCCCCUUCUAAAGCAUCUCCGUCUCGACUGCAAGAUAACUCAAAUUGAUGAUCCACUACCGGUCAUACAGCUUGACUGCCCGGCGCUUUUGACGGCAGAAUUUCGUGAUAUACUGCCGCAUUCUUCCUCCACCGCGAACACCCUGCGUCGCCUCGCAUUAGACUUGGGGCGCGUGCGCCUCGACGACAUAUCACCAAUCCUCGGCGCUUUGCGCGAGAUGCUCUCUUUGGAGGAUCUUAAAUUGGGUCUCGGUUCAUACGACACCUUACCCCUCUCGACGCACGCAGUCGUUCAUCUUGAACGGUUGAGGACCCUCCGCGCCGUCUGCGCCUCCGAGCAGCAGGCAUCUGAUCUGUUUGACUACAUGUCCGCGCCCAAUAUCACUCACACAUCAAUACAUAUCAGUGCAAAGCUGCGCGAUGGGCGGAUCUUUGCCAGAGCAGUUGCACAGAAACAGCAAUCAUUGCUGCUCACCGGGACGAUCUCUAUCACGGAGUCUCGGCUUCAGCUCGAAGGCACCGGACCAGAGCAUGCAGUACUCGAACUUGGUUGGUCGACACGGGCCAUGCUCAGACGUGAUAACGUUACUAUGACCUACGCAUCGGUGCUAUCUGCACUCUCGCGUCAUAUCGACCUGUCGCGCUUCACUGCAUGUGCUUUACAAUGUCCCAAAGGCUCUGGACAGGAUGAGAGCGUCGAUGCGGUGUUGGCCGUGCUCCGAAAGGCAUUCGUGUCGAUCAAGACUCUGACAAUCCACGGCGCACCCACCCCUACUGCUCUCAAAACAUUACUAGGUCGCCCAAGCGGCGAACCGUCUGCGUUGCCCUUCCCGGCAUUAGAUACACUCUGCGUCGGGGGCGCUUACCGCAGUUCGCACAUUUGGCAAAUGCUCGGCUCGAGGGAACCCGCGGUUCAUCAAGAAAGCACUGUACCAUCGUACUGGACAACUUUUCUAGAUGUAUUACUGAGCCGCUUCCGCGGUGGCCACCCCGUGAGAUGCCUUUGUCUCGACGGUGUAUGGUGCGAACACGAGGUAUGGGGGGAUGAAGGGGACAAACGCAGUUGCCUCAAGCUCGGCCUCGUGUCGGAAAUCACAGACAAGCGCGAAUACAUCGUCAAAUGCAGGUCAUGUACACGGGAAUAG